CUUGCCAGGCCCUGCCAGCCCUGCUCGCCGGAGCAUCCUCUCCUCUCCUCUCCUCUGCCACCACUGACCAACAAACACAAGCACACACUCACGGCCGCGUCACCAGUCAAGUCUGCCUUCUUGCCCUGCACACAAUCCGAUCGUGAGAUGAUAGAUGGUGUAGUAUACUACCUAGUAGUAUAAGAGCACCAAGUGGGACAGCACCUAAAAACGCCAUUGGACGACCUCGUCUCACAUGCAAUCAACGUGGCUAUCCCGGUGUCUCCAUACAGAGUGUCUUUACCAGAAUCUACGAUCCCCGUGGCAGUUCGUGCCCCCACCGCAGAGUGGGUACUGCCGUGUAAGUCGGCCACAGCCAGGCCUUGUCAGCCAUGCCAGCGCCGCUUCGGCUCGCGUUCCCUCUCCAUUCCUAUUACUCAGAGCCGAGUACUGUGUACCUUCACCAUUCCCUCAAAAAUUUUGACUCGGCGGCGGCCAGUGCGGCAGUGCGGCUGGACGAGUCGAGCCGACUUUGAGUUUGAAUUGCCAUCUUCUGACCAUUCACAGUCAAGAGCGUUGGGUAUCUCGGGAAUUAGUACAACAAGGGAACAGCUCUCUUAUACAAUAUGACAAACAGUUGCACGCCCAUGCUGCCCUCCCGUCACUUCGCGCCUCUUCCCGCCAGGGACGAGUUUCGGGACAUUUGGGCAUUGCGUGCCAGGUCGCCCCAUGCACGUCCGGACUUUCCGCUCCGGCCUUCACUCUCCUUCUCCGCCUUCCUCUCCGCUUGGAUGCUGCGCGCCUUUGCGAGUGGGUCGAUCACGAUCAGCUCAUCCUCCGCCUUUUUGCGAUAACUCAGGUCUUUGCCGAGCUUGUCUGCGGCAAAGCUGAGCGAGUGCGACAUCCACCCCUCGUCGUCGCUCUCGUCUUCGCCCUCAGCCUUGUCCCACGCCUUGCACGAUUGGCAGUUGGCGAUAAAGUGAAGAUCGCAAACCUCGUCUUCCUCGGCAUUGUCCCCAGCCUUGGUUUCGCCGUCCCCUGCGGCGGGCACCUCUGUUGCUGUUGCCUUCUCUGGCGGCGCCUGAUCCAGUUUUUCCUGGAACGCUUUGAGAAAGCUCAGUGCCUUCUGUUCCUCAGCAGCUGUAGGGUUGUUUGCGCCAGGUCUCCUCUUGCGCCCUCGCGUCGACGUCUGCGGGAUCAUCUGCUCCAAGGCGGAGGAUUUCUUGCCCUCACUGACGGGCUCCGAAUGGACAGUCCUCCUCAUCGAUGCUUUCAGAGCAGCUAUUUCCUCGUUCAUCCGCUCGAGCUCAGACUUGCCUUUGGACACCUCUGGCUCCGGGGAAGAAUCGCUCUCAAUAUCUUGUGCGGCCUUCUUAGAUGACUUCUUCAUAGCUUGUGGCGGUGGUGAGGGCUGACGCUCGGGAGGUGUUGCUUCUCUCUGAGGAGGCUCCCUGAUCGGCACAACAGCCUUGGCACCCUUCGCCUCUUUUCCUUUCUUUGAGGCCUUUAGCGGCUUGACCUGAGGCUCUGGCUCGUCGACAUCCAUCACAAUCCUUGUAUCGAACUUUGGCUUCUUUGGAAGAGGUUGUAUGUCGCCCUCGCCCUCUUCGUCGCCAAAGCUUAGCAACUGCUUGCCGCCUUUCCUUUUCUUGUCCUUCUUCUUCUCCGUGGCGGCCGGCCGUGUUGUGCGCUGCGCAAUGCGCUCCCUCUUCUUCAUGUCGUCGAAAGGGUUCACCAGGAUCUCCACGCUGGAGAUCCUGGUUGGGUAUAGGGGUCGCUCGGUUCCCUCUUCCACUUCGCCUUCGCCCAUCUUUGCCAGGUUGUAAAUGGUGUCGCCAGCGACGCGCCCAAACAUGGUGUUCUUCCCAUCCAGCUCGGCAGCCUUGUCCAGCGUGAAAAAGAACUGACUGCCAUUCGUGUCGGCCCGGCUUUCAUUCGCCAUACCCAGCAACCCACGACGGUUGAACUUGAGGCGCGUGUGGAACUCGUCCUUGAAGUUCACGCCUUGAGGGCCGGCGUUCUUUCCUCUCCGCUGGUCCAUCGGCCAUGGGUCCAGGUCCCCGCUGAAAGCGCCGCCAUCGUAGAUCGACUCGCCUCCAUUGCCGGUGCCGGUCGGAUCGCCUCCCUGCAGAAUGAAGCCGGGAACCAGGCGGUGGAAUAUAGUGUUGUCGUAGUAGCCGUCUAGGCAGUGUUGGAGGAAGUUGCGACAGGUGAGCGGAGUCUGCUUCGCGAAGAGCUCGACUGAUAGUUCGCCAUGGUUCGUGUGGAGGAUGACCGACGCCGUUGGCUGCGGCUCGGUGUUGUAAAUGCUCGACAUUGUGCUUCGGUUACCGCCGCACUUCCAUGCCCAAAUGCCCCAGUAGUAGAGGGUGUGGUCUGUUUGUUGUUGUUUCUGUUGUUCUUGGUGCUCAAAGCGGCCUGAGAAGACCGUUUCGAAGUCGUGAAGCAAGUGGCUGGUGCAAAUCAAUUCGAGGUCUGCAGCUAAGUUUAAAGUUAGCUGGAGCUUCUAAGUUCUGGCUAGCAGUACGAGCUUUGCCAGCCGGAACGAUUGAUCACCGCGGUGGGGCGGGGGAGGGGCGACACCCAGCACUCGGCUGGCCUACAACGGUGCUGGCUGCUUGCCUGCCCACCUAGGUAGGUACCUAAGUAGGUGCUGUAGCGGCUCCAGUCAAGAGACCCCUUCUUGUAGUACAAUAUGAGCAUCGACCAGGGCUUGUACAGGCUUCUCAAAUUGGUCGCCUCGAAGUGCAAUACCUUGAAGUGUUGAUAUUCAAUUCAUUUUUCAAAAGAUACCUAGGUGCUGUUCAACUGCAAUUUUUUCCUGUCUCGGAUGCGUUUGUGAAGCUACGGCGUAUAAAAAUAGAAUCGUCGGCAAGUGAGGGAUCAGGAGCUGACGUCGGGUGGUCUAGCGGGUGGUCUAGCAGAGGUGUUUCCUGACCUUGGAGAGGCUGCUGGCCAGUGCGCCGAGCUUAUCAUCCGCCCAACCUCCAGGAGCUCCCAAACCACCAACUACAAUCGUCAUCAGUCUGCACACUUGCGCCCUCGACCACCAGAUCCACACACAUCCAAGCAGCAGCCAUGGGUGACCCUCGCGAGUCGUCUUCCUACUCGGUGGUGCCUCACCUCAAGUACAACACUGUCGGUGGUGUGAACGGCCCUCUGGUCAUCCUCGAAGAUGUCAAAUUCCCCCGAUACAAUGAGAUCGUCGCCUUGACGCUCCCCGAUGGAACUACGAGGCAAGGACAGGUCCUAGAGGCCCGAGGAAACCGAGCUGUCGUCCAGGUCUUCGAAGGCACCUCUGGUAUCGAUGUGAAGAAGACGAAAGUCGAGUUCACCGGCCAGAGCUUGAAGCUUGGUGUGUCAGAGGACAUGCUGGGACGUAUCUUUGAUGGUUCAGGUCGGGCCAUCGACAAGGGCCCCAAGGUGCUGGCAGAGGACUACCUCGACAUCAACGGUAGCCCAAUCAACCCCUACUCGAGAGUCUACCCCGAGGAAAUGAUUUCCACCGGUAUCUCCACCAUCGACACCAUGAACUCCAUCGCUCGUGGACAAAAGAUCCCCAUUUUCUCCGCCUCUGGUCUGCCGCACAACGAGAUCGCUGCCCAGAUUUGUCGCCAGGCUGGUCUGGUCCAGAAACAGGAGGGCGUCACAAACAAGGGUGUGCACGAUGGCCACGAGGACAACUUCUCCAUCGUGUUCGCCGCCAUGGGUGUGAACUUGGAGACAGCUCGUUUCUUCACCCGCGACUUCGAAGAGAACGGCAGUCUGGAGCGUGUCACCCUGUUCCUCAACCUCGCCAACGACCCAACGAUCGAGCGUAUCAUCACGCCUCGUCUCGCUCUCACGACCGCCGAAUACUACGCCUACCAGCUCGAGAAGCACGUCCUGGUCAUUCUCACAGAUCUUUCGGCGUACUGUGACGCUCUUCGUGAGGUCUCAGCCGCUCGAGAGGAAGUGCCAGGUCGUCGUGGUUUCCCCGGUUACAUGUACACUGAUUUGUCGACCAUUUACGAGCGAGCCGGUCGUGUUGAGGGCCGUAAUGGUUCCAUCACCCAGAUCCCCAUCCUGACCAUGCCUAACGACGAUAUCACCCACCCGAUUCCCGACUUGACAGGAUAUAUCACGGAGGGCCAGAUUUUCGUCGACAGAGGCCUGUACAACAAGGGUAUCUACCCUCCCAUCAACGUGCUGCCAUCGCUUUCCCGGCUGAUGAAGUCGGCCAUCGGUGAGGGUAUGACGCGCAAGGACCACGGUGAUGUCUCGAACCAGCUGUACGCCAAGUAUGCCAUCGGUCGUGAUGCUGCGGCCAUGAAGGCAGUCGUUGGUGAGGAGGCCCUGUCAGCCGAGGACAAGCUGUCGCUUGAGUUCCUUGACAAGUUCGAGCGGCAGUUCGUCUCCCAAGGAGCCUACGAGCAGCGAAGUAUCCAUGACUCCCUGGACCUUGCCUGGUCUCUGCUCCGCAUCUACCGCAAGGACAUGCUCAACCGUAUCCCUAAGAAGAUCAUUGAUGAGUUCUACUCGCGUACUGCGGCUGCGGACCGGAAGAAGAAGGACGCCAAGGACAGCAAAGACACCAAGGACAACGCGCCGGCCGAGGAGGAGAACCUGAUUGACGCAUAAAGGGACAGGCAGCCUACACACGGUCGGAGCAGAUUAACGAGGCCUCAGAUUGGAGCAUGAGAUUUGGUUGCAUUUGUAUAUUGCUAGCAUGUUGUGUUCAGUGAGGCACAGUGAUGCGUGUUACAGACUUGAAAAACAAUUAUGUGGAACAUACAGUACCAGUCAGCGAUAACCAGUGAAAUUACGGAUUUCGAAAUUUUGCCCUUUACCAGCCAGCUUUUAUCUUACUAGGUUGGGCGGGUCUUGUCAGGGCCAUAAGCUAAACACCCACAGGACUAACUAAUAGAUCUAUAUACUCUA